UCACAAAUUAACCGUUACCAACCACCUAAUCUUAGUGUCCACUGUGUUCUUCACUUCACUUGCUUCAAACAUCUCCCAUGUUGUCACCUUCCUCCAAACCCUAACCCUAACUCUCAUCAAUGUCAAAUCCGAGAAGCCUCUUCACCAUUCAAUCUCCAACCAAUGCAUCUUUUUCUUCCCAUUUUACCCUCAAGAAUCCUUCAAAAUCACACAAACAACCAUUCCCUCCCAAAUUAGUCAGCUACAGGAAGCUCACUUUUAGAGUCCACUGUUCCUCCCAACCUUCAAGAACCCCACAGAAUUCAAAUCUAAUUUCUACCCUUAUCAAGAUUCUACGCGUAGUACCGGAUUGGGCUGACAAAAUUCAAGAAGGGGGUAUGAGAAAAAAGAGAUCUUUAUACAAACAUGAAACUUGGGUGCAGCAUAGAAGUUCUUUAAGGCAUGUUAGACACUUGUUUUCGAGCUUCAAUUCGCGGGUUGUUUUGUCUUUGAUUCCUCCUGUUAUAGUUUUUACUUCAUUUGCUUUUGUGAUUGCUACUUAUAAUUCAGCAGUUUCAUUGCAUUGGUUGCCUGAGUUUUUCCCUAUCUUGAGAGCCAGUCCACAGCCAUAUCAGUUAACAGCUCCAGCUCUGGCACUUCUAUUGGUGUUUAGGACAGAAGCAUCGUACUCGAGGUUCGAAGCAGGGAAAAAGGCUUGGACUAAAGUGAUUGCUGGAACUAAUGAUUUUGCUAGGCAGGUCAUUGCUUGUGUUGAUAAGAGGGAUGAUAUGCUCAAAGAGGCACUUUUGCAUUAUAUCAUGGCAUUUCCAAUUGCCUUGAAGUGCCACAUAGUAUAUGACUCGGAUAUAGCAAGUGAUCUCAAAAACUUAGUUGAGGCUGAUGAUCUAGCAGUAAUUCUCAGUUCCAAGCAUCGACCUCGUUGCAUCAUUGGAUUCAUUUCUCAGAGCCUUCAGUCGUUAAACUUGGAGGGGGCGAUACUGAGUCAGCUGGAAUCAAAGAUUUCUUGUUUCCAUGAAGGUAUUGGUAUAUGUGAACAACUCUUGGGCAUACCUAUUCCCCUUUCAUAUACUCGGUUGACAUCAAGGUUCUUGGUGCUUUGGCAUCUAACUCUUCCUAUAAUACUUUGGGAUGAUUGCCACUGGAUUGUGGUUCCAGCUACUUUCAUAAGUGCUGCUUCCUUAUUCUGCAUUGAAGAGGUUGGUGUCCUUAUUGAGGAGCCAUUUCCAAUGCUUGCACUUGAUGAGCUAUGUCAACGUGUUCACGACAACAUCCAAGAAGCAAUGGCAAACGAAAAGCAGAUUCAAGAAAUAUUAAACAGCAAAAGAAAGAGACGUUUUAGUGAACACUCUCCAAAUGGUUGGCCAACCUCAUAGGAUGAUUAGGAAAUACGCCUUAAACUAAAGACUGAAGUCUUCUCUAUCAUGACUUCAGCAACUGUACAUAAAGAAGGAAUGUCCCAUAUAUGAAUGUUGACAAGGGACAGACUUAUUUCUAUUUCUAUACAUAUAUAUGUAAAUAUUGUUUGAAAUCGGCUCCUGUUUUGACUCUA